GUAGUCCGAGCCAGCCAGGACCUACACUGUCGCGUGGCGGUGUCCUCGGUUGAUGUUGACGAUCUAAGACACUGCAGUGAAUGUGGUGCGCCUUGGCACAAAUAUUUCCAUAGCCACAUCUUGCCUACAGCUCGUGAUGUUUGAGACGGAUCAUGCAGCCUCGAAGUUACCAGUCCCACGGACGCUUUUGCCUACAGGCAGGCGGCGCAGGCGGCGCAGACUCGCAAGUGCAUCAGGCUGUAUUGGCCACCACACCUACUAUGCAGCAUGUCGGCAGAGCCUCAGGGCAUGUACCAGUGUUCGCGGCUGCUCGUGGCUAGCCGCGCACCUGGGCAUCGUGGACUAUCGUAGCACCGCCAGCCAUGCCUAGGUGUCCAGCGUUCCAACGUGUACACGGGACGCCUAAUAUGAAGAUUCAUGUUGACGCGGCAUGCGCCUUAGGCAGGGAGUU